CUCAAUCCCCCGACGUCGUUUACAAUGAGCUCAACGCACUCCGAAUACCUCGCAAUCGUCUCUCGGCGCAUCGAAGAGCUCACCCGCACAGCCCCUGCAGCGUUCAGGCGGCAGCCUGGUGUGUUCAUCACAGCCGCGGCGGUCCUCGGCCUGUCCUCUCUGUGGCUGCGCAGCAACUAUCUCGAGUUCAAGGCUCUCGGCCCCGGCGGGCUGCCGUACGACGUGCGGGGCUGGCUCAUGGCCCUCGUCCUCAAGGCGUUCUCGCGGGAGACGCUGAGCACCGCGGAAUACGACGCGGACGCGAACAAGGACAGUUGGCUCGACGACCGGGAGGGCAUCCCGCGGAGGCAGGGCGCGCGGCCGAGCGGGGGCUUCCACGUCGUGCCUGCGAGGCAACUCGACCAGGUGCCGUCCGGGGAGAUGUUCCAGCGUUUGGACGAGCUCUUCGACCGCGUCGUGCGCCUGAACCCGGGCCUGCUCGAGUACAGCAAGUCGCCGCACGAGAAGCGGCACAACGGCAUCGUCGUGAAGCAGAGCGCGCCUGCGUCCCAUCACGUCCUCCAUUUUGGCCUGCGCGAGGUCGGCCACAUCCACCCCAGUGACCACUCGGUGCACGUCAUUAUGGCACCUCAAGAUUGCAAGUUUGUUAUUGAACGAGGCUGGGGCGAACGCCACAAGAUCAGUGGCUCGCGCAGUCUUCACGCGCUGCCCUUCCCAAAGGAAGCGAAGUUGCCGAAGGAAUACAUCUGGAUCUAUGCUCCGAGAGACGAGCGGGAGCUGGCUGUUAUGGAAAAGAUCCUUGUCGCUUCUGCCCGCUUCAUGACUAACACCAAGGAGAUUAAUUAUUGAGUCUUGUGCAACGACUGAUGUAUUCUUCACUUGGUAUCAUAUAUUCCCAGAAGCUUUUGACAGAUGGUAACUUGUACGAGACUAUGUAUCUAUAAAUUUACUCCAGCGAAAGAGAUCAUUGCUCUGACUGCAAGCUUCCACUCAGCGAGCUCGCGGCCCCACCCACCAAUGCGUCGCAUCUUUCCGCCAACAUGUAUCCCCUCGAGAAGGAAUCGUUCUCUCUCGCGCUUUCGAGCCACCCAAUGAUUGCUCAAGCACCACCAGAGUAUGCUUUCCCUGGAGAAGACCUUACUUACACGUUCGGGGCAGCCUGGACUGCACUGCGGGACGAUGCCCAGCAGGCGACCGAACGUGCGGACGCAGAUCCGCGGGAAGUACAGCAGGAGCGGCGGGUCCAGCCAAAUUAUGUCUGUCGCCUGCUCGCUGACCAUGGUCCUGAGCCUCUUCUCAUAAUUGCCGUCGACGACCCACCCGGUGGGUGCAGCGUCGAGCGCGCGCCGCACCUCUCUGCGGAACUCGUCGGGCGGCGCCUGGUCCCAGUUGGGGCGCCAGAAGAGCUCGUCGAGCGAGAGGAGGGGCACGCCGAGGAGCGCGGCGAGCUCCGUCCCGAGCGUAGACUUUCCCGACCCGCUAUUCCCGAUGACCCAGACUCUGUAGCAGCCUCGGCCGUCGCCGCGCAGGGACGGCACACGCGUGCUCGCGGGGCGCACACUCAUCGUCAACCGAGAUUUGUUUUUGGGUGGGGAGGGAAAGUGGUGAGCCCGAGGCGGGCGGGCGGACGUGCGUGCGUCGUCGACUUAUGUCACGUCGCCAAGGC